AUGCCUCACCAGAAACCAAACCCCCAGCCCCAACGCAAAAGGAGCCUCACCUCCGUCGACGCCGACGCCCUCAAACUCGCCUCAAUGGGCUACACGCAGGACAUGCGCCGCAAAUACACCGUCUGGUCCGUCCUCGGCGUCGGCUUCUCAAUCACAAACUCUUGGUUCGGCAUCUCGGCCGCCCUCAUCACCGGCAUCAAUUCUGGCGGUCCGCUCCUCGUUAUCUACGGGAUUUUGCUGAUUGCGCUGAUUUCGACGGCGGUGGGAGUUAGUCUAAGUGAGUUGGCGAGUGCGAUGCCGAAUGCAGGAGGGCAGUAUUUUUGGGCGGGGGUGUUGGCGCCGGGGAGGUGGAGGAGGGGCGCGAGUUAUGUUACGGGGUGGUUGGCGUGGUGGGGGGCUAUGUUUACGAGUGCGUCUGUUGCAUUGGCUGUUGGGGGGGCGGUUGUGGGGUGUUGGCAGUUGGGGCAUCCUGAGUUCACGAUCAAAACCUGGCACGUCUUCCUAGCCUACCAACUCUCGAACCUCUUCUGCUUCCUCUUCAACUGUUACGGCAAGAUCCUGCCUUCGGUCGGUAGCACUACGCUCUGGACCUCGCUCGUGUCCUUCCUCGUCAUCCUCAUCACCGUCCCUGCUGUAGCACCCACGCACCAACACGCCCGCUUCGUCUUCGCCACCUUCAUCAACAACACGGGCUGGAGCGAAAACGGCAUCGCCUUCAUCGUCGGCCUCGUAAAUACAAACUGGGCCUUUGCCUGUCUAGACUGCGCCACGCAUCUCGCCGAGGAAAUCCAUUGCCCCGAGAAAAUGGUCCCCAUCGCCAUCAUGGGCACUGUAGCCAUCGGCUUCGUAACAAGCUGGUUCUUCUCCGUCGCCAUCUUCUUCUCCAUCGUAGGCGACUUUGCUGAUAUCAGCGCUUCGGCAACGGGCGUCCCUAUUCUCGAGAUUUUUUAUCGUGCGUUGGAUAAGAGUACCGCGGGCGCUAUUGUGCUCGAGAGCUUGAUUAUCGUUACAGGCCUCGGGUGUUUGGUGGCGAGUCAUACGUGGCAGAGUCGGCUUUGCUGGAGCUUUGCGCGCGAUAGGGGUGUGCCGGGGCAUCGGUGGUUGGCGCAGGUGCAUCCGGGGCUGGAUGUACCGCUUUAUGCGCAUGCGGCGAGUUGUGGGGUUGUGGCUGUCAUGGGGUGUUUGUAUUUGGCGUCUUUGACGGCGUUUAAUUCAAUGAUCGCAGCAUGUAUUGUUCUUCUGUACCUCAGCUACGCCAUCCCCGUUAUAUGUCUUUUGCUUCGAGGUCGUAACAAUAUCGAUCAUGGCCCGUUUUGGCUGGGUCCUUGGGGUGCGGUUGCAAACGUUGUGUUGCUUGUCUGGACGCUGUUCACGCUUGUCAUGUACUCGUUCCCUUAUGCGAAGCCUGUUAAGCCGGGUAAUAUGAAUUAUGUUUCUGUGGUAUAUGUUAUUGUUGCUUCUUUUGCGGGUGUAUAUUGGUUGGUUAGCGCACGUAAGGAUUUUAGUACGGUGGAGGAGCGAAAGGUAGAGGUGCUUCAAGGGAGGGGUGUGGACGGUUAG